AUGAAGGGAUCCAUGAGUGCGGGAUCUCGAAUUGCUGCCUACGUACUCAUCAUCACCAAUGUUAUUGCCAUGAUAACUUGCGUGAUAUUCUUUGCGCUUGGAUUAUGGACCAUAGCGUCUCCGUCUACGUUGGCUACUUCAAUAGCGACCAUCGGAAGUCCUGUUCUGACUGUAUUAUUCCCCAAAGAAGAAUUAAGCCUGUCUUUGGGUCUUGGCGCAGCGUUCCUGUCGAUGCUCCUAUUCUUCAUAUCCUUCAUGGGGUUCCAUGGGGCUUCGACGAGAUCUCAAUUCUCACUAUUCAUGUACUCCGUAUUGAUUAUCUUACUGCUGAUGCUGGAAUGUGCCUUGCUCUUUUACUUCAUGACAGACUUCGUACAGAAAGGAAUGAGAGAGCAGGACGGACAAUGGUCACACAUGCUGCGUCUCGGCUUCCAAUGCUGCGAAUUCAAUGAAACUAUGAACGCGAACUUGGCUCCACCUUGGUCCUGCUGUGGAGUCAACGGGCAUCACAACAAUUGUACCGCCUUGGACUUUUACAAAGAGGAUUGUAACAUAACAAUUUCCUCGUGGUGGGAUGCUUAUCAAAUCGCCAUAUACUCUGGGCUGGUUGUCGGACACCUUGUAUUGUCCUGCUGUUCUCUAAUGCGACGAUGUGGUACUGCUAAAGUGAGCAGCUAGCGAUUACAGCGCCGCGACGCCGGCGAUAAAGAACCUUCUAGUGCAAGGAAUGCUUUCCACAAAUCCCGCGUGUCUCCGGCGGUUGAAGCGGCCGACGGUGUAGUGGUACUAGUGAUGGGGCGAACGCGACUUGGAUGGAUGGAAGCGAAACAGCCCUGAAGCCAAAAAUUAAUUUCGUUGAAUCUCGUCAAUAAAAUGCUUUCAAU